AUGGGAGGCCCCUACGCCCCCGUCAUAGCCCAACUGGGCGGCCGUCCAACAAAAGACGUCGACGUACCAAUCUGCUCCGUCUUCCUCGCUGCAUUCCUCGGCUUCGGUAUCUGUCAUAUGGUCCUCUUCCGCCGCAAUCUCGCCCGAGGCCACAAAUUCAUUCCCUCCGCCGUGACAUUUGGUUUUUGCAUGUCUCGUGUCGUCGCCAACGUGACCCGUAUAGCAUGGGCCUGUUACCCGAACAACAUCUCAGUCGCUAUUGCCGCUCAGAUCUUCGUCGCUGCCGGUGUUUUGCUACUAUUCAUCUUGAACCUACUAUAUGCUCAACGCAUGAUGCGCGCGGCAUUCCCGGCCUUUGGCUGGUCACGGCCCGUCUCGUGGGCGUUCAAAGUGGUCUAUGUUCUGGUGGUAAUUACGAUAAUCAUGUUGAUUACGGUCAUUAUUCAGAGUAUGUACACGCUUGAUGCGAACACGCACCGCAUCGAUCGUGAUAUCCAACUCUACGGCGUGACAUACUUCGCUAUCGUCUCAUUCCUGCCCAUACCCAUCGUCACGCUGGUGCUGCUCUUCGCCAAGGAAAAACAUGUCGCACCUUUUGGAUCGGGAUCGUGGCGGACCAAGGGCCUCAUUGUCUUCGUGGCUGGAACCUUGUUGUGUCUCGGUGCCUCGUUCCGUGCUGGAACGAUUUGGAUGAAGCCGCAUCCUAUCUAUGACCCGCCAGCUUACAUGCACAAGGCCUGCUUCUACGUCUUUAAUUUCGGGAUCGAUCUGUCGGUCGUCAUCAUUUUCUUGUUCUCCCGUGUGGACAAGCGAUUCCACGUCCCCAAUGGCAGCUCCAAAGUGCGACAUUACCGCGGGGAUGAUGGUGCUGAGAAGGAUGGUUCGGUCGAGCAGAUGCAGAAAGAUGAGACGGAACGGGAUAUUGAGAGUAGCAGCCGCCGUCAGUAG